GGCGAAGGACGCUUUCCUCUGUUUCCGUGCGGCAGCUAGCUGGAACGGAGGGAGAAGGGAUCAUCCAGACUGGAGACGGAGUGCGAAGGAGAGGCUGGGGGUGGAGGGACGGGGUCGGGUAACGUGGAAAUUGACGGAGACCUACUGGCCAGGUUCAGCUGCCUCGGCACCACCGACAGAGAUGUGCUCGUGAACGAACUCCACUCACUCUUGGGAGCACAACUGUCCAGGGAAGGGUGUGAAUUUUUCUUAGAGAUUGGGAGCUGGAAUCUGCAAGCUGCAGUGGGGGCUUAUUACGACUUCUAUGGUCCUGUAACUGUACCGACAAUGGCUGCAAAGGACGUUACCCUGUUCCCAGGCCAGAGAGUCCCACCAAACACAGCUCUCAGCAAGACCUGGCGAGUCACUAACACAGGGACAGAUGUUUGGCAGAGUGGAACCUCACUUACCCUGCAGUCGAGAAACAUGUUGUAUGGACCUUCGCGUGUUCUGCUCCCUGCUCUCAGCCCUGGUCAGGAGGCAGAGGUGAGUGUCAGUCUCUUGAGCCCGUCUGAACCAGGCCUCUACCAGAGCAGUUGGUGUCUGACCACACCCACUGGUGGACUCUGUGCUGGUCAGUGUGUGUGCGUUACGGUGAAGGUGGGAGCAAGUGAAGAAGGAGAGCAAGAAGAAGAAAUGGCUAUCCUCACACAGCAACUGGCGGCCUUCUCCACCUCAGAUGAGAACAGUCUUCACCACAUGUACCCAGUGGACACAGAGUGUGCGGGCAGCUCUCCCCCUCCUCCCUCUCCUGUCUCCUACUCACCAGUGGAAACGGAACUGCCUGUUCUCUCUCACUCUCCACCUCAACCCUCACCUCAGUGUGACAUGGAAGAACAGCCAUCCUCUCCACUAUCAUCUACACAUCACUUUCACCCUCCAUCUCAGCCCUAGAUGCACUUUCGCACUAUGAACACACACAUUCAUUACUGCUGAAUAAGUAGCGCUAGCGCCCAUUAGUCAUGUGCCAGACAUAGUGGCGACAGUCCCACGCACGCUAGAGGGUUUGCAAGGCCAGAGUCAGUCCCAGGUGUGUUCUCUAAUAAUAUAUACCAACAACGACUCCCGCUACUUUGGUCUGUUGAGGAUGGUAGCACUGAUCUUGGUCACCCUGACUCUGGCGUACGCAGCAGUAGGUGGCGGUCAAACGGAGGACUGCCUAGAGACCGUCGUCGUCUCCGCAGAUGCAGUAGAGACUGUCUCUGAUGGAGUAAUUUGUUUCCAGUGCGACGUUGGAGCUGGCAUCGUUUCCAGCGCCUCCUACACCGUGUCCGGCUUGCCUGUUGGCAGUGACGCCGGGGGCACUGUCGAGGGAGUGCUAGUCCUUUACAACUCCGGUAGUGUCUUCCAACCAUCUGCGUUUGUCGGUUGCGCCAGUGGAGGAUCGUCUGCUACUGCGCUGGUGUUUCUGGAGGAGUUUCAGCCUCCACUGAUCAGUGGGAAUGCCACAGUGAGAGAGGGACACACUCUCGUUCUAGAGUGCGAUGCAAGCAACUCGCAUCCUCUGCCAAGCGUGGCUUGGUUUUCACCUCAGUCACUGCUGCUCAGUGGCGAGAGACGCCUUGUGAUUGGAAAUAUCUCCAGAAACCAGGCUGGACUCUAUUCCUGUGUGGCAACUGACUCUAAUGGAGCUACUGAGUCCAGCAGAGUGGCAGUAACAGUGGAGUUUGCUCCUGAAGUAAUCACUUCAUUCACUGGUGUGCAGUACUUCCCUCUUGGAGCCACACUUGAGCUCUACUGUUGGUAUGAGUGUGUACCAUCUCCACUGUCAGUGAAGUGGUAUCACAAUGGAACUUUGCUGAUGACCUCUGACUCCAUUAGCAUUGUGUAUGAUACUACCAGUACAACACUCAUAAGAAUGGGCCUGACUGAAAUUGAAGGUGGAAAUUAUGAAUGUGGUGUGGAGAACUUGGUUGGCUCUGGAGCAGUGGAGAUCACCGUGCGGAUCCAGCUGCCUCCUUCUAGUCUGUCGGACCUUUCGGUGGUGUCCAGCUCAGCAGAAAGCCUUCUGUUAGUCUGGAGCAUCCCUGAGUUCACUGGCUUCAGUUCUGUGGCUGGUUUCAAAGUCACUGCAACAGAGGAGAGCAGUGGCUCAGUCAUAAGAAAUUUGACAGUGGAAGGGCAGGUCACUUCCUACAACAUCACAGGUCUCCAGCCCCUGCAGGCAUACAGUGUGAAUAUAAGUGUCGGGAAUGAGGCAGGACUGGAGGGAGAGCCUGCUACCAUCUCUGCCAGCACUGCAUCUCUUAGACUGUCGGCAGUAGAGCAGCUGGAGGUCGAAAUAGUUAGCUCCACAGAGCUCUACCUCCAGUGGAUGGCUCCUGUAACAAACCCUUCAACAACAGCGGCAGUACAGUUCUAUGUUAUAGACUACAAAAGUGAUAGGGGUAAUGAGGGAUCCUCCAUGGUGUCAGGACUCAGCCACACUCUGGGAGGGUUGGAGAAGGGGACAAACUACACUCUGUCAGUGGCAGGAGUGAAUGAAGCUGGUGUAGGGAAAGCUCGACUGACUGACUCUGUUCAGACUGCAGUAGAUGCUCCCAGUCACCCUCAGCUCUUCAGUGCUAUACCCCUCUCACCCUUUUCACUACGUCUAAACUGGAUUGCGCCUGCAGAUAGUGGAGGCAUGUUAUUUGAGGUAAUGAAGCUAAAAUUCUAUUUUUUCCACCUGGCAGGCCGGCCACUACAACACUAUACUCUAGAAGUACUGGUUGAAAACAACUCGGUUGAAACACAGACGCUGAAUGCACUAAAUAGUAGUGCUAUACUGCAGGGACUGACGCAGAACACCUCAUACGUGUUGUGUCUGACAGCAGUCAAUAGUGCAAGGUUGGAGAGUCAGAAAGGGAGAGUUACAGUUGUCACACUCCCUGUGGGCCAACCACAAGUACCAAACUCUGUUCAAGUCACUAAUGUAACUGUCCAAACGGCAAACAUUGUAUGGGAGGAAGCGGGAGGGUAUCCUGACUACUACAUCAUCCAGUAUUCACAACAGAACCAUUCAGUGGAGACAGUUCAAGUGGUUGCACCAUAUCACACAAUCACUGGUCUUCAUCCUCUCAGUCACUACACUGUGAAGGUUGCUUCGCACAAUUAUAAUGGCAUGUCAGAUUUCAGCCAAGAUUCAACUUUUGGAACCUUUGGUAUGAGCAGUAAGAAAUGUGAUCAGAAAUUAUUUUAUGAAGCUCCAGGCCAAGUCACAGUUGAGGGUCCAACAGAAGGUCUGUCUGGAGAACCCCUUUCUUUGCACUGUAUGGUGGAGAGCAUACCAGCUUCUCCCUCCCCACUCUUUGUGUGGUCUAGAGAUGGAGGAAGUCUCCCAGCUACGAGUAUUAUCAUCAAUGGUAUGUUAAGCCUCCCAGAGCCAACUCCUGCCGACACUGGUGUGUAUGUAUGUUUCGUUGCUGGUGUUCGUCGGCGACAUUCGGUCUCAAUUUAUUCAAAGCCAAACUCUUCCACAACUGGUAUGUAAGAAGUUACAACACUC